AUGUCGUCGCGGUUCUUUCACGGGGGCGACUCCGAUAGUGAGAGCAGUUCUUCGGAGGAGGAAGAACUCUACAGUGAUCGCGAGGAGGAAGAGGAAGAAGAAUCCGAAGAAGAGGAGGAAGAAGAGGAGUCAGACGAAGAAUCCAGUGAGGAUGAAGGUCGUGGUACGGGUGCGAGCCGCUUCUUGAAGCCUUCAGGAGAUGCCGGCGACGAAUCCGAUGAGAGCGAAGAUGAGGAUCGUGAGAGAGUGGUCAAGAGUGCGAAGGACAAGAGAUUCGAAGAGCUAGAGAGCACGAUCAAAGCAAUCGAAAAUGCCGAGAAGAUCAAUGACUGGGCUGUCGUUUCAUCAGAAUUCGACAAAAUGAACCGACAAGUUGUCAAGGUCACUCAACAAGGCGCCACUCCGAAACUCUACAUCAAAAUGAUCGCCGACUUGGAGGACUUGAUCAACGAGACGAAUGACAAGCAGAAGUCCGGUGCGAAGAAGAUGAACCCCAUCAACGCAAAAGGUUUCAAUGCCAUGAAACAAAAGAUCCGGAAGAACAACAAAGAGUACGCAACUGAGAUUGAGAAAUAUCGAGCAAACAAGGAGGAGUUUAUGGAAUCAGACGAGGAAGAGCCCUUGGAAGUCGAACAGAGAACCCGCAAGAACAAGGUUCAAAGACUCGAUGCCAUCGAAGCUGCCAUAGACGAAGAAGGAUUUGCGACGGUCGGUAGAGGUGGCAAGGCUCUUGUCUACACGCCGGAGAGUAUUCUGAAACACCUUCGCACCAUCAUCGAGUCGAGAGGAAAGAAGAACACGGACCGGACCGAGCAAAUUCGCAUCAUGGAGCGAUUGUUGGAUGUUGCUAGCACACCAUAUCAGCGCAUACGGGUGCUCCUGACUCUGAUUUCCACGAGGUUCGAUGUCACCACAUCCUCAGUCCAAGCCUACAUGUCACAAGAGUCAUGGCGAGCCGCAGAACGCGAAUUCUCCACUUUGCUGCAGACCCUGGAAGAUGAACCACAGUACAUGGUGACUGAGGUAGCCGAAGAAUGGGAAGAUGACGAGAAACAACCCAAUCCUGCCGCAGGCGAGAUUUUCAAGAUCCCCGGCAGUAUCGUAUCCCUUUUGGAGCGAUUGGACGACGAAUUAACACGCUCUCUCCAACAGACCGACCCUCACACGGCCGAAUACAUCGAGAGAUUGAGCGACGAGCAGCUUCUGUACACCGACAUUGUACGUACCCUCAUUUACAUCGAAACCAUCAACAAGAAACUGGAGAAGUCCGAGAACAAGCAAGACAAUAUCAAUCGCACCACCAUUCGACGGCUAGAGCACAUCUACUUUAAACCCACUCAGGUGGUCAAGAUCCUAGAGGAAAAGACCUGGGCUGCCAUUCCAUCUGCCUUAAACUCGGAGCUCACGCCACGUGGCCAAUUCACCGAAGUGGCCACGCUUGUGAGGACGCUCUGUAACCAUCUCUUCGAGCACAGCGAGGGUAUUAUUCGUGCGCGUGCCAUGCUCUGCGAGAUCUACUUCUUGGCCCUACAGGAUGACUACUACCGCGCCCGUGAUCUUGCCCUCAUGAGUCACUUGACCGAGAACAUCUCAUCGUUCGACGUCUCAACGCAGAUCCUCUUCAACCGUACUCUGGUGCAGAUCGGUCUUUGCGCUUUCCGUGCAGGUCUAUGCUACGAAGCGCAAGGCGUGCUACAGGAGAUCUGCGGUUCUGGACGGCAAAAGGAACUCCUCGCUCAGGGUGUCAUUAUGCAACGAUAUUUGACCGUUACACCUGAGCAAGAACGUCUGGAGCGGCAACGUCAACUUCCCUUCCACAUGCAUAUCAACCUGGAGUUGCUCGAAUGUGUGUACCUGACCUGCAGCAUGCUGUUGGAAAUUCCGUUGCUGGCCCAAACCGGCUCAUCACCGGACGUCCGCAAGCGCGUCAUCUCCAAGACUUUCCGCCGCAUGCUCGAGUACACGGAGCGACAAGUAUUCCAGGGCCCGCCAGAAAACACGCGGGACCAUGUCAUGCAAGCAGCCAAGGCUCUUGCUCAGGGCGACUGGAAGAAGUGUCAAGACCUGAUCAGCAAAAUUGGCAUUUGGGAUCUCCUUGGCCUCGAGAACAAGGAAAAGGUCAAGAAGAUGCUGGCAGAACAGAUCCAGGAAGAAGGUCUCCGGACGUAUUUGUUCACUUACGCUCCGUACUAUGACACUCUGUCCAUCACGACUCUGUCAGGCAUGUUCGAACUUGAUCCGAAGAAGAUUGCGGCCGUGGUGUCCAAGAUGAUUUCCCACGAAGAGCUUGCCGCUGCUCUUGACCAAGUCAACGAUGCCAUUGUCUUCCGAAAGGGCGUGGAGCUUUCUCGCCUGCAGAGUCAAGUCAUCACGCUCAGCGAAAAGGCGAUGGGUAUCUUGGAGUCGAACGAGAAGGUGCUAGAAACGAGGACCGCGGGCAUGGUCAACGCGUUCUCUGCUCAAGGACAGAGGGGAGCUGGUAGGGGUGGCAGAACCGGAGGUAGGACCGGGUUGCCCGGUCUACCGAGACAGGGACAACAAGGAGCGAGGAGACCUGGUGGGCAGCAAUUCAGUGGAGGAGCGCUGGGAGGAGCGAUUAAGGCUUGA